UGGCAAGAGGAGUUGCUUCCAGAAUCAUUAAUAGUUAAAAAGUGAGAUAUUUCGUAGCCUUACUUUUCAAGUUACACAAGUAUUCUUUCUAUCUCUACCUAGAAACAGCAACGAUGCAAGAAGCCGAGACAUCACAACGGCCGUCGAAGUCUUUGACGGAUCGAGUGAAGACGAACUGUUUAUCCAUGGCAGUCUCGUGCCAGGAAGGGUUUAGCUAUGUCAAAGCUUUUUUUGUUGGCCAGACAAAGAGAUUGACGGCAAAGAACGAGAAGGAAGCAACGGAGGCUCAUCUAACGGAGACAAAAAUGCAAGUUGACGCAACCGAUGAAGCAGAGAAUGCCAAGAAGAGACUUCAUCAAUCUUCUUAAUGUUUCUUUAUUAACAUAUAAUAAGAGUGUAUACUUUAUUAAGUAAACACAAAUAUCUGUUUUUUCAACUGUUUUUACUACUAAUUAUAAAUGUUGUUUCAAUAUAGAA